AUGGCAGCUACCCGAGCUCUGAGGAUUGGUCUGAUUCCCGGCGACGGCAUUGGCCGUGAGGUCAUCCCCGCCGGCCGCCGCGUCCUCGAGGCCCUGCCCGCCUCGCUGGGCCUCAAGUUCUCCUUCGUCGACCUGAACGCCGGCUUCCAGACGUUCAAGGACACGGGCGCUGCCCUGCCCGACAAGACGGUCGAGACGCUGCAGAAGGAGUGCGAGGGUGCCCUGUUCGGCGCCGUCAGCUCCCCGACCGUCAAGACGGCCGGCUACUCGUCGCCCAUUGUUGCCCUGCGCAAGAGGCUCGCCCUGUACGCCAACGUGCGCCCGGUCAAGUCGGUCGCCAACUCGCAGUCGCCCGUCGACCUCGUCAUCGUGCGUGAGAACACCGAGGACCUGUACGUCAAGGAGGAGAAGACGUACGACUCGGCCGAUGGCAAGGUGGCCGAGGCCAUCAAGCGCAUCUCGGAGAAGGCCUCGUUCAACAUCUCCGAGAUGGCCGGCGACAUCGCCCUGCGCCGCCAGCGCGUGCGCGACUCGGGCAUUGCCAGCAUCCACAAGAAGCCGCUCGUCACCAUCACCCACAAGUCCAACGUGCUUUCGCAGACCGACGGUCUGUUCCGCGAGACGGCCCGCAAGGCCCUCGCGCAGUCCAAGUACGCCGGCACCGUCAACGUCGAGGAGCAGAUUGUCGACAGCAUGGUGUACAAGCUCUUCCGCCAGCCCCAGGACUACGACGUCAUCGUCGCCCCCAACCUGUACGGCGACAUUCUCUCCGACGGCGCUGCCGCCCUGGUCGGCAGCCUGGGUCUCGUCCCCUCUGCCAACGUCGGCAAGGGCUUCGUCAUCGGUGAGCCGUGCCACGGUUCUGCGCCUGACAUUGAGGGCCAGAACAUCGCCAACCCCAUUGCUACCAUCCGCAGCACUGCGCUCAUGCUCGAGUUCCUCGGCGCCGAGGAGGCUGCUGCCAAGAUCUACAAGGCCGUCGAUGCGAACCUCGAGGAGGGCAAGCUGCUGAGCCCCGACAUGGGCGGCAAGGCCAAGACGGACGAGGUGGUUGAGGACAUCAUCAAGAGGUUGUAA